CUCUGCUAUAGGUGUAGACUUCGUCAAGUCUUACGAAGCUAAGGAUAAUAAUAAAUAUAGAAAUAUGGACUCCAUUGCUUUUGUAGAUCUAGUUCCAAUCAUGUCUUCCCUGAUCUGAGCGCUGGAUCCAUAGCUAGGCUUGCAAGCGGCGAAAUUUUAUCACUAACCAUGCACUAAUUCUGAUCUGGUUUAAUCACUUGUUUUGCUGCGAUUCUGCGUUCGUAGGACUUUUGCGGGACGCCGCCUGCCUCCCUAUCCAUUGCUAACAGAGAUGUAUCGAAACUUAAUAUUGUAGCUCUGCUCAGCAUGUCUAGCUAGCAUUUGCUCUAACUUUGGGUCUACUAUAUGGAUCUUGCAACAAAUUUUGCAUCUCUGUUGCUUGAUGGAGGGUUUGAUUGCAUCCAUUAACAGGACCUCUGCAUAGCAGUUUCCAGUCAGAGAAGACAUGAUUGGAAGUCUAAAGAUCUCGUGCAAGCUCAAUUGAUCUCUUAAUAGAGGUAACCGUUUAAUGUUCGUUUUCUUGGAGAAGGCAAUAACAUGGACAAUGUAAGCGUGGCACCAAGGCUUCUGUCGUUGCAAUUAUUAAAAGAAAUUACCAAUAAUUUCUCUAAGGACAGGAUAGUUGGCGUGGGAUCAUAUGGAAAAGUUUAUAAGGGAGAGCAUACAAAUGGGGAAUUGAUUGCUGUGAAGGUGCUUCAUCCCAUUCCAGGGCUUGAUGAUGAGCAAUUUGAGAAGGAGUAUCACAAUCUUGCAAGUCUGGAACACAAAAAUAUUGUGCGGUUAGUUGGCUAUUGCCAUGAAACUCAGCGAGAAUUCCUACCUCACAAUGGAAAAGUGGUUUUGGCUGAGUUGACACAGAGAGCGCUUUGCUUCGAGUUUAUGCAAAAUGGAAGCCUUGCAAGUUUUCUUAAUGAUGAAUCUAAUGGACAUGAUUGGUGCACACGCUAUGCAAUAAUUAAAGGAAUUUGCCAAGGUUUGAAAUAUCUUCAUGAGGAAUUGGAUACUCCUAUGUCUCAUUUGGAUUUAAAACCAGCCAAUGUAUUGCUAGAUGAACAAAUGGUGCCCAAAAUCACAGAUUUUGGCUUGUCGAGACUCUUCACUGGAGAAAGUUCACAAAUCACGAAAAGUGCUAUAGGAACACAUGGGUAUGUACCACCGGAAUACAUUGACGCGGCUAUCAUCUCUAUUAAGUUUGACAUAUAUAGUUUAGGGGUGGUAAUCAUAAAGAUAUUGGCAGGACCAACAGGUUACUUUAGAAGUGCUGAAAUGUCUUCCCAGGAAUUCAUAGAGCUUGUACAUGCGAACUGGAAGAAUAAGCUAGAAAAAACAUCAGCUUACAUGUUGGACCAACAUUCCAUACCAGUAAAGAAAUGCACUGAGAUAGCUUUAAGCUGCAUGAAUGCUGAUCGUCACAAAAGGCCAAGUAUAGGGGUAAUCAUCAAUAUGCUGAAUGAGAUGGAGACUGCGUUCAUCGAUGUACAAGGUUCUGAAGGAGGCUUUACCUGUAUGGAAGACGGAAGAGGAGCCCAGCCCACCAUCUACAUGGCGCGCACCACGUCAUCUGAGGGUGCGGCGGUUGACAUGGAUCUCCUGGAGCAGCUGCUCUCCGAUGAUAACGGCUGUCUUGAAGGGGCGACCAACGCUUCCUGCUCGUCCAACUACUUUGCUUCUCCUUCCACCUUCCUAUCAGAUGCCACAACCACCACCACCAUGCCGCCAACAAGUGCCAAUAACACCUUUUGGGUGCAGUCAUGCUCCACCUUCAUGCAACGGCUUGAUCAAGCACUAGCAUACAUCUUUAAGACGCUAAUAGACGCCGAUGUGCUCUCGCAGUUCUGGUUGCCUGUCAAAGGCAACGAUGGGCAGCUGGUGCUGUCAACGACCGGGAUGCCGUUCUUUCUUGACAAAAGCUCGGAGAGCCUCAGACGGUUCAGGGACCUGUCGACCCGAUACACGUUCUCUACAGUUGUCUCGUCGGAGUCCUCACCGGUACCGGUGGGGCUACCAGGGAGGGUGUUCAUGGGCAAGCUCCCCGAGUGGUCUCCGGAUGUUCGCUACUUCAGCAGAUAUGAAUACCCCCAGGUGAACCAUGCCCAGCACUUGAACCUCCAUGGGGCGAUGUGGCUUCCGUUGUUCGAGGAGGGGAACAACACGUGCUUGGGUGUUAUGGAAGUGAUCAUGACUAGACAGAAGCUCAACUUCACAUCUGAGAUGAAUAACAUCUUCAGUGCUCUCCAGGCAGUUAAUAUGAGAAUCACAGAAGUUUUAAGAAUUCCACGUGCAAAGCUCAACAACGAGAUACUGGACGUCCUAAGAGAAGCCUGCACCACCCACAGGCUCCCAUUAGCUCAGACUUGGGUCACAUGUGCUCAGCAAGGGAAACAUGGCAGCCGCAACUCCGAUGAAAACUACAGGUACUGCAUCUCCACCAUUGACGCGGCAUGCUACGUCAAUGAUCCGAAGAUGCAGAAAUUCCAUGACGCCUGCUCUGACCACCACCUUCUGCGUGGGCAAGGGGUUGCAGGGAAAGCCUUCACCACAAACCAGCCGUGCUUCCUACAAGACAUUGGAUCUUCAACUAAGAUGGAAUACCCAUUGUCUCACCAUGCGAGGAUAUUCAACUUAAAAGGUGCAGUGGCAAUCCGAUUGAGGUGCACACGCACCGGGACAGCAGACUUCGUGCUGGAAUUCUUUCUGCCAACCGACUGUGAAGCCCUCGAGGAGCAGAAGGCAGUACUGGACUCAUUGUCGGGCACCCUGCGCAGUGCUUCCCAAACUCUACGCGUGGUCACAGACAAGGAGAUGGAGGAUGAGGCAAUGCUUGAAAUGAGUGAGCUGAAGUUGUUUGGUUCCCAGGGGAAGAACAAAGUUGAGGAGUUGUCCUUUGGAGAUAAAGCAGCGGAACAUAGAGAGGAGGCAUCGUGGACAAGUCUAGCAGGGUAUUCGCAGAGAGAAUCAGAUUUAGCUGAACAAAGUAUCCAUGGAAGGCAGAGUUCAUCUUUAGCUGGCAUUCAGACAUCAGCACAAGGCAGCAAAGGAAAAAGGCGCAGAAAGACGGAGAAGACUGUGAGCUUGCAGGUUCCUCAGCAGUACUUACUAGGUAGGAGACGGCUGGGCACUCCUCCAUGGAGAGAAAAAAAGUAACAAGCAGUUUCGUUAGGUAGGCAAGAGAAUUAGCAUUACUGUAUAUGAUUGAUUGAAUUCAAUAAUGCUGCAGCGUUAAUCAUGCAGACGCUGUACAGUGGCUGCAUAUAUGUAUGUCGUGUGUGAACUA